UUUCUCCUCGCCUCUAGUUUUUUUUUUCACUCGCUGAGUCGUUUUUCCUCACCAUUCACUUCAGAGAGAGAGAGAGAGAGAGACAUUGACACAAAAUUUACCAUCCUUUUAUUUUCCUCAAGAUUGUCUCCUUGUUCUUCUUCUUCUCUCCAACAUCCCCAAAACGACAACGUUUACAUCCAACAAACACCAGUCGACGCUCCCCUUCGUCCUCCCAUCGUACCGAUUUGGCUUUUAGAUUCCCUCUCACAAUCGAAUCUAAUCUAAAUUAACUGCCGCCUUCGAUUAAAUCAAAAACCCUAAUUUCGAUCUCCGGAUGGGUUCCACCUCCGAUGCCGUCCCUGACCCCGGCAACCACCGCUCUCCCGCCGGCGAUGCUUCGCCGGUCACCGAUACCAAAAUUCACGGGGAGGAGACCGCGUCGCUCAGGAGAACGAGGCCGUCGCGCGCCUGCACUGUUAGGGCGCAGCAGCGGCUUCAAGAGCAGCAGGCGGCUGAGAGAAAGUUCAGGCCGCCUAAGAAGGAGCAUCGACCAAAGGAGAAGGUGGAGGAAGAAGAAGACGAUGAAGAGGAGGAGGAGGAUGAUGUUGAUGAUGAUGCUCUGAGGCAAUGCGGCGGUGGAGGGAGUUCUGGUAAACUCGUUACUUCUCUUGUCCAGCCACCGGAGCCUUCGCAGAUGCCGCGGUGGAAUCUUAGGUCAAUGUGGGAACUUGCUUCCGUGCUCAACUUCUUGCAUGUUUUUAGGCCGCUUUUGAAGAUCAAUGCGGAGUUUUCGGCGGAGGAGUUUGAAACGGCUUUGCUGAAUCCUAACGAUACUUUAAGUGACAUUCAUAUUCCUCUCCUAAAGGCCAUUCCUCCUGUAACUCGAAUGGCUCUCACUCGUGAUACCUGGGUCACUGUCUUGUGCAGGAAAAUAAGAGAUUGCUGGCAUUGGGUCGCUGAAGGGGACCUUCCUAUUGUUGCCUCGCAAGGGCGGGAGACUGAAGUGUACAAAUCUCUUGAUCCAGCCAUUCGUGUGGUCAUUUUGAAAGCUUUAUGUGAUAUUCGUGUUGAGCAAGAUGAUAUCAGGAGCUACAUUGACAACUCUGUUAAAACUGGUGUUCAUCUGUCAACUUUUCGCAAAGGUCGCGUUGGGGGUGAUUCACAUGGAGUUAAUUUUUGGUAUGAGGAUGAUUCCUCAAUUGGUCACCGUUUAUAUCGGGAAAUAAGGAAGGCAGAGGUGGUUAAGGUCAAAACGAAGGGUUCCAAGAUUCCUCCUAACGUAACAUACCAAUGGGAAACUGUUGCAACAAAUUUCGAUGAAUUCCAAGAUGUUUCUGAAAAACUUAAUUCAAGUAGUAGUAGAGCUGAAAUUUCUCUGGGGAAGAAGUUAACGAGAGAUAUGCUUCCUGAGAUAGAAAAAGAACACAAGAGGAAAGAGAAACUGUUGAAAAAGCAACAUAGACAGGCUCUUCUCCUUGAUAACCAUUUGGUUGUUGACGGUGUUGGUGGUGGUCGUUCUCGCCGUGAUAGGAAGCCAGUUAGAUACACUUUUGAUGAUUAUGAUAGGUCGAUAAACGAAGCUAUCAAUAUAUCAACGAAGAAACAUCCAUCAGAAGAACCUUUUCUCCACAGAAGAGAAUCAGCUAGAUUGGACUCUCUUGUGAAUGGCAGAUCAACAAGUUCAAGCCACCCUGCUGAACCUGUGAACGAUACAGCAUCUGGUAGCUCUUCUGAUUUUGCUGAUGGUGAUGAGUUCGAUGAGCAGAGAGAUGAAUCCUUGGACAGAAGUAACAGGCGCAGACAACGGCCCCAGCGGUAUUCAGCAACGGACUUUGUUGAAACGGUUCCAGACAAUCAUGUAGAAUCUGAAAGCGAUGAUGACAUUGUUGGGGAAGCAGUUUAUGAUGAUGAAUAUCUGAGGAAGCGUAAACAGAAGAAGUUUUCUAGUGGUUCCGAGGGAGAGGAAGAGAAAGGAGAUGAAGAGUACAAAUGGGAUGAAGACAAUGCCGAGUACGAGGAAGAAGAAGAAGAAGAAGAGGAAGAGGAAGAUUCUCCAAGUGCUAGCGAAGAAGAUAGUGAUGAACCCCGAAGGGUUAGGAAAAUGCCAAGGAGAGGAACCAAGUUAAGAUCAAGGUCAAAUGGUUCCCGGCCAGGCCUGAGGCGUAGUAAAAGAGCCACAAGAAUCGAUUACCAACAAUAUGAGCUCUCGGAAUCAGACAAUGAAGCAGCAGCAGGAGCUGCAAAACGUAAGCGAUUGGUAGAGCCAGAUCCAGAUGAAGACUCUGAUGAAUCAGGGAAUGGGGAUUUCACGAUGGGAAGUGAGGACUCUGAAGAAAAUGCAGAUGACCCUGAAGAAAAUGCAAUUGCAGAUGACCCAGAAACAAAUUCUGCUGAAGAAGUAGAGGAGGAAGAAGAAGAGCCCAGAGAGGUCAAUGAUAAUGCCGGGACAGCAAAUGGUACAGAGAAUAAUAAUCAACUGAACAAGUCAAAUGGCACAGACCAAGAAGAAGUUGAGGGUGUAUUAGGCAAAAGGCAUUACCUUGACCUAAACGAGCUUGCUCCUGUGUCCGGUUUUGAUGAUGGUCCUAGUACAGUGUUGAAGGAUGACGAUAAGACAGACAAUUAAUAGACAAAGGCCUCUCUCCGGUUGUUUCUGGCAUAAACACCUUCCAGAGAAAAGUUAAAACGAUAAGAGAUACUUCAUUGGCUGUUCUGCAUUCAGUUAUAUCUGCCUUUCUGUUUUAAAGUUAAUUUCGGCUGAGGUAAGUGAAGUGGAGUAUGUUGGAGACUGGAGAGGCCUAAGAAGAGGUGUGUGUACUAGAUUAGGUUAGUCAUUUAUUUUUGGUUACCCUGAAAGAGAAACAAUGAAGAUGGUGAAACCAGAGAUUCCUAAGAACUGUUUAAUGUUAUGGAAUUAUUAUUAAUGUACAAUUAAUUUUGUCUUAA